GAACCAUUUUGGCGCCACUAUACGACCGCCAAAUACACCGGCUAUUGUGUAAAACCUGAUCUAAUGUGACCGCGUUGCGUUGCGUAUUAUCCGGUCAUUGUUUCACAGCAUCGUUUCGAAGGCGAAGGAUAACCGGCAAGAUGAGCGACGACUUGCCGUAUCAGGCGGAAUACGCGAAAAGCGACCGCUCCAAGUGUCAAGCGUGCCACCAACCUAUUACGAAACAGAGCCUGAGACUCGCGGCUAUUGUUCAGAGUCCUGUUCAUGAUGGAACCAUACCCAGGUGGUAUCAUUUCAAGUGUUUCUUAAAACAAAGACCAAAAUCUACCGCUGACAUAGGUUGCUUUGAUGAAAUUCGCAAUGAUGAUCAGGAAAAAAUUAAACAAAAAUUGGUAUAUAUUUUGAGCAAAAUCUGUAACAUUAUAUUUUAUGAGAAUCGUUAUCUUAACUUUCUUGUAUUUUUUUUUUUUUUUAUAUAUAUAGAAGAAUCUCUUAAGGCACCUCCAGUGUCUGGAAAAGGAAGAAAAAGAACAAAAGCUGCUGGUGGAUCUGGUGAUUUCCGAGUAGAAUAUGCCAAGUCUAAUAAAUCUACCUGUAAAGGAUGCGAAGAAAAGAUUAUAAAAGGUGAAACAAGAAUAUCAAAGAAGGAUUAUGACAGCGCGGAAGCUAGAAGGUUUGGUGGCUUAGACAGAUGGCAUCAUGUGGAAUGUUUUGUAAAACUGAGAGCAGACUUGGGAUAUUAUGGGGGUGGAGAUGAGCUUCCAGGUGCUACUGAACUCUCAAAAGAAGAUAGAAACAAUCUUAAGACUGCGCUGCCAAAAAUGACACAAGGUGAAAUGCCACCACCUAAAAAGAUGAAAGAGGAACCAGAAGAUAUAGAAGAUGCUAAAUUGAUAAAAAAGCAAAAUGAUGAGCUGUAUGCUAUAAGAGAUCAAAUAGCAUGUCUUGAUAAAAAUAAAUUGGUUGCAUUAUUGGAAAAAAAUCAUCAGGAAAUUCCAACAGGCACCUCAGGUAUAAUAAAUCUUUUAUCUGAUAUACUGUACUUUGGAGCUCUAGAACCUUGCCCAAAAUGUAAAGGACAGCUUUUAUAUAAUUCUGGUAUGGGUUAUAAAUGUACCGGUAAUAUAACAGAAUGGACCAAAUGCGAAUAUGUUACGCAAGAUCCAAAGAGAAAGAAAUGCGAAAUACCUAGUGAUAUAAAGAAAGGAUUUCCAAUCAAGUCGUACAAGUCCAAGGUGAAGAAACGAGUGUUUAAGAUAACAGCCCCAUCAUCAUCAAGCUCUGUUAAAGAUGAAGUAGAUGGACCGAAAAUACAAGGUAAACCUCGUCCUUUGAAGAACAUGCAGUUUGUUAUAUUAGGUCGUACACAGAAGGAUAAAGAAGAAUUGAAGAAAGAAAUUUUAUUAUUGGGUGGUACUGUUACUACAAAAAUUCAUGAAGAUUUGGCUGCUGUAAUUUCAAAUCAAAACGAACUAGAUAAAAUGAAUAAAAGAAUGGAAGAUGUUGAAGCAUGCAAUAUUCAAGUAAUAACAGAAGAUUUCAUAGAAGAAGCGAAAGAAUAUUCAGAUGCUCCUAUUAUGCUUUUAAAGAAGAAAACCAUUUCUAGUUGGGGUGGUGAUAUAAAUGCUAGACUUUCUAAUGUCAUUGCAAAAUCGAAUGCCUCUAAAAGUAAAAGUAAAUUUGAGAAAUCGAGCUCUGGCAAAGUGAAGGUAAAGGUAAAAGGCGGCGGAGCUGUUGAUCCUGAUAGUGGCUUGGAAAACUGUGCGCACAUCUAUGAAAAAGGAAAGAAUAAAUACACUGCAACAUUAGGCCUGACAGAUAUACAGUCAAAGAAGAACAGUUAUUACAAGUUGCAAAUUUUAAAACAUGACAAACACGAAAGGUAUCAUUUGUUUAGAAGUUGGGGUCGAAUCGGUACCACGAUUGGCGGUACCAAAUUGGAAGAAAUGUCUGUGGAAGAAUGUGUAGAGCAAUUUGAGUCGUUGUACAUGGAAAAAACUGGUAAUGAGUGGAGGAACAGACAGCACUUUGUUAAGAAACCAAAGUUGAUGUAUCCAAUUGAUAUAGAUCAUGGAGAUGAGAAGGUUGCUUCUUUAGAUUCGGACAUUAAGAGUAAUUUGCCAGAACAAAUUCAGGAUCUUAUGCGCCUGAUUUUUGACGUAGCUGAAAUGAAAAAAGUUAUGUUAGAGUUUGAAAUAGACAUGGAUAAAAUGCCGCUUGGGAAGCUAUCUAAAAAACAGAUUGAGAAAGCUUACGCAGUUUUAACGGAACUGCAAGAGAUAUUGAAAAAGAGUAAUAUAGACCAUACCACCCUGAUUGAUGCUUCCAACAGAUUCUAUACCUUGAUACCUCAUAAUUUUGGCAUUUCCGGUCCGAAAAUUCUUGAUACACCGGAGGAGAUUAAAAACAAAUGUGACAUGCUGGAUGCAUUACUCGAAAUGGAGAUCGCAUACAAUCUUUUGCAUGAUAAGAUCGACGAGAAACAGAAUCCACUCGAUAGUCAUUACAAACAAUUGAAGACAAGUAUCGAUGUACUGGAUAAGAAGAGCGAAGAAUUCAAGAUGAUCGACAAAUAUGUCCAAAACACUCAUGCAGCCACUCAUACACAAUACAAGCUCGAGAUCGAGGAAGUGUUUGUCGUCAAAAGACAAGGAGAGGAACAGAGAUUCAAACCCUUCAAGAAAUUGCCCAAUCGAAAAUUGCUCUGGCACGGAUCCAGGACUACAAAUUUUGCAGGAAUAUUAUCGCAAGGUUUGCGUAUCGCGCCACCGGAAGCACCAGUCACUGGUUACAUGUUUGGCAAAGGUAUCUACUUCGCCGAUAUGGUGUCGAAAUCUGCAAAUUAUUGUUGCACGCAUAGCCAAAGUCCAACUGGUUUAUUGCUGCUGUGCGAGGUCGCUCUGGGCAACAUGUACGAGAGAUACAAAGCGGAUUACAUCGAGAAGUUACCGAAAGGUAAGCAUUCCACGGUAGGUCGUGGUCAAACGCACCCUGAUCCUCAAGAUGUCUUUAAAUUCGACGGCGUUGAAGUGCCAUAUGGAAUGGGAGUAUCUGCAACUCACAAUAAAAAGUCAGAUUUAUUAUACAACGAGUACAUCGUAUAUGACGUUGCUCAAGUGAAAGUGCGAUAUUUGCUAAAAAUGAAUUUCAAAUACAAAUAUUAAAAUAUGUAACACUGAAAUGUGAUAUAUAUAUAUAUAUUCAUGAUACGUUUUCAAUUUAAUGAUAUUUUGAAGUCCCUUAAUUUUGGGAUUAUACUUUGAUUAAUAAUGAUAUGAUUACUUGAUAUUUUUUAAUCGUAAGUAUUUUCAUUCUCUGAUUUUUGUGGAAAAAAAUUCCAUUGAUUUGUGUUACGAGUGUUGAACUUCAUAACAUUAUUUUAUUUCAAAUAAUAAUUUUUUUAAUUUAAAGGUGUUCUGUUCUGUGUAUUUAAAUACUACUUGUUCGUUUGCAUUUUAUAUAGUCCGUGCUACCUCGAAUAUUAACUGUAAGAUUAUUUACAAUAAAUAUUUCACAGAUACA